AUGACUCAAAUCGACAGAAACCCGACGAGUUCUAGAGCAGAUGAUUCCUCGGAUGACAACGAGGGCCACGAUUACCCUGAGGCAACCUCCGUUGACUUGUCUCUUUCACCCAGCGGCUUCGCAGCCAUCAAGAGACAAUAUGAGGACGAGAUGAGCGCCGGAUACAUCUCUCUACAAGCCAAAUUCUCCUACGCCUGGGCCUUGAUAAAGUCCACCUCACCGAGCGAGCAACGACAAGGAAUGAUUCUGCUAACCGAGAUAUAUCGCGAUACACCGAGUAGGAGGAAAGAGUGCUUAUGGUACCUUAGUCUGGGUCAUUACAAGCUGGGCAAUCUCGGACGUAGUCUGCGAUAUUUGGAGGUGCUUGAACAAGAGCGCGCAUCAGGUAUCCCCGAGAAGGAGGUUAGACGGUUCAAGGGGAAGAUUGAGGCAGAGAUUGGAAAAGAACGACUUGUUGGUUACUCGAUAGCGAUAGCGGGCGUUGCAGUUGCCGGUCUGGUAUGUUGGGGAGCGUGGAGGAGGUAUAAACGGACCUAG